AGCAUUACAUGAUUUCUUUCCCUAUAAAUACCCUAUAAAAGACUCAUUCUUUUGCAUAAAUAAUCACAUUCAUCUUCUAUCUAUUAUUCACACACUAUACGCUCAAAAACACAGUCUUUAUUCUACAAGAAAGAUGGAGAACUUCCCAAUUAUCAACUUGGAAAAACUGAAUGGUUCUGAAAAAGCUGCUACCAUGGAAAUGAUUAAGGAUGCUUGUGAAAACUGGGGCUUCUUUGAGUUGGUGAACCAUGGAAUCCCCCAUGAAGUAAUGGACACUGUAGAGAAAUUAACAAAGGGGCAUUACAAGAAAUGCAUGGAACAGAGGUUUAAGGAAUUGGUGGCCAGCAAAGGUCUUGAAGGCGUACAAGCUGAGGUUACUGAUAUGGAUUGGGAAAGCACUUUCUUCUUGCGCCAUCUUCCUGUUUCUAACAUUUCUGAAGUCCCUGAUCUUGAUGAUCAAUACAGGGAGGUUAUGAGAGAUUUUGCUAAAAGAUUAGAGAAUCUAGCAGAGGAGCUGUUGUAUUUGCUCUGUGAAAAUCUUGGUCUAGAAAAGGGAUACUUGAAAAAUGUAUUUUAUGGAUCUAAAGGUCCAAACUUUGGAACUAAAGUGAGCAAUUAUCCACCAUGCCCAAAACCAGAUUUGAUUAAGGGACUGCGCGCCCAUACGGACGCUGGUGGCAUAAUCCUUCUCUUCCAAGAUGACAAAGUAAGCGGCCUACAACUCCUCAAAGACGGCCAAUGGAUCGAUGUUCCUCCUAUGCGCCACUCCAUCGUCGUUAACCUUGGCGAUCAACUUGAGGUGAUCACAAAUGGGAAGUACAAGAGUGUGAUGCACAGAGUGGUAGCGCAAAAAGACGGGACUCGGAUGUCAUUAGCUUCUUUCUAUAAUCCAGGAAGUGAUGCAGUGAUUUAUCCAGCACCAGCUCUUGUUGAGAAAGAGGCAGCGGAGAGCAAACAAGUUUAUCCCAAAUUUGUGUUUGAUGAUUACAUGAAGUUAUACGCCGGACUAAAGUUUCAGGCCAAGGAGCCAAGGUUUGAAGCCAUGAAAUCUAUUGAAUCUGAUGUCAAGAUGGAUCCAAUUGUAACUGCAUAGAUCCAAAUUCAAGACUACUAAAGAUGAAAAUUGAAAGAAAAUGAUUUGUUAUUGAAGUAGUACAAGACGAGUGACAUACAUUAUUUGCUUGUUUUGGUAUAGUGGAAUUAAUAUAUUUACAAAAGUGUGUGUCCCUACUACAUAUGUAGUCAAGAGGCUUAAAGUUUGUAUCUUAUAAUAAACUGAUAAAGUUUCCUUAUACA